AUGGCCGCGGGAGUUAUCCGGCCGCUCUGUGACUUCCGGCUGCCCCUGCCAGCCCUCCGGCCCUUCCCGCCCCCGGCCCCGGAGCCCCCAGACACUUCCGAGGAGGAGGAGGAGGGGGAGGAGGAGGAGCUGGAGACUGAGGGGCCAGAGGGCCACAGCCCAGCCCCCUGCAGCCCAGGCUGGGCCCCUGAAGUUCUCCCCCAGGACCCCAGCAGCCCGGAGACGCCGCUGCAGCUGUUGCGGUUCUCGGAGCUCAUCAGCGGUGACAUCCAGCGGUACUUUGGCCGCAAGGACCGGGGGCAGGACCCCGAUGCCUGUGACAUCUACGCCGACGGCCGCCCGGCCAGCAGCUCGGCCAGGGAGCUCUCCUGCGCCGACCUGGUGCGCCCGGCCCGCGGCGCCCCCCCAGAAGACCAUGAGGCCACCGAGCCCGGGGGCUGCUCCCCAGGGUGCCCCGAGGGGCAGGCCCGUGGGCCAGGCCUUGGCGGGGACGGGCCGCAGCUGCUGGGGCCCCUGGCCGAGCUCUUCGACUACGGGCUGCGGCAGUGCUCGGGGCCCCAGGCGGCGGGCGGCCGGCGACUCAGGCUGGAGCGCAAGUACGGCCACAUCACCCCCAUGACCCAGAGGAAGCUGCCCCCGUCCUUCUGGAGGGAGCCGGCGACCAGUCCCCUGGGCCUGCUGCACCCUGGCACGCCCGACUUCAGCGACCUGCUGGCCAGCUGGUCGGCAGAGGCCGGGUCUGAGCUGCUGGGCACGGGGGCCCUGGGCCUGGAGGAGGUGCAGCUGGCCGAGGCCUAG